AUGGCGGCGUUAUUGCAGUGCUUGAAUGAGGGCACGAGUUUUUUCCAGGAACUGCUGUACAUUGCUGCUCGUCCAUGCAGUUUGCCCAGCUCUGAUUCUCCCUCGAAAAUGUACUUCACAGACAACCAGCGCUACAAUGAGCACAGAACUGCAAUUAUCAUGCUGGAGAUUAAAGCAGCACCACUGGCGAAUGUGUGGACAACUUACGUCGAUAGUUACGUUCGUUUCCCCGCCAUGUGCUGCAUCUGGCCGUCUUCAUACAGGUACACCGCGGUUGGCGGAAGUUGCGUCAGAGUUGUUGUUGGUAAUUGUCGGUUGACGGUUAUUUUUAUGCCUUGUCUGUUGGGUCUGCUCCUGAAGUCGUGCAAUGGCAUUUCGUCCGUGGCGACGUCGGCGACGUUGUUUUUGGCGAACUCUCCGUGUCUUUGGACUAUGCGGUGGAGUGCUAGCCACCUGAUUAUAUUCUACCAUACCACGGAUGCUACUUCUGGCCUUUUCCGAGACCAGCCUUUGAAUUUGUCUGUUGAGUGUGAUAGUUUCACCUAA